GCAUGGUUCCCAUUGAAGCCAUUGUUCUAUGGCUUCCACCCACCAGAGAAUUCCACGCUUCACCUUAUAACCAAAACCAAUCGCUCGCCUUUCCCAUAUUCCUUCAUUUCUUUCAAGCUCCUCUUCUUCUUCUUCUUCUUCCUCCAUUACCAUGGCUUCCCAAGAACUCAAACACCGGGUCACACACGAUGCAGACACCAAAGCAGGAGGAGGAACAACAACAACAACAACAACCAGACGGGACAAGAAAAUGGCGAUGGCCAAACGCGGUCUUAGGUCACCUCCAUGUCACGUGCCAACCACCACAUGGAUCACAAGACUCCCUUCUGGUUCCCGCCCUCGUGGGCCCUACACCUAACUUUACCCGCUUCGGGCUUCCUGAUGGGCCUCUCGGCCUGGAUGGUUUGGGCCGAAGGAGGAUUCCAUAGGUACCCCGUAGCUGUGGUGCUCUACGUGGCUCAGCUCCUCUUAACGGUUCUGUGGGACCCGCUUGUGUUCGGUGCAGGUGCUUCGAGGGUGGGCAUGGUGCUGUGCCUGGGUCUGUUUGGGUGCCUGUAUGGGUGCAUGCGUGUGUUUAAGCAGGUCAACCAUGUUGCUGCUGAUUUGAUAAAGCCUUGUUUGGCUUGGACCGCUUUUCUCUCCAUUGUAAAUCUUAAGCUCCUUUCUGCCUAAUCAUACUUUUAAUUAGAGAUUAACCAGAUCAAUUACGUUUUCUUAAUUAGAUACCUUCAUACAAACACCCUCUUGUAAAUAUUAAAUAAUAUUAUAUUCCCUGUGCUUUUUUGGUGUUCUGCUGUGUUUCCUUUGUAAGUUUUGUGUGUGUGUAAAUCUAAAUAUAUAUAUGCUUAAAGUUGUCUUAUUAUGAGGUAAGAACUACUAA